AUGGUCUACUUUGCAUACAACCACAUAGCUUUCGUCACUCUGUUGGCAUUUGUAGCCGUAAACGCAGGUGAACCAUGGAGUAAACAGGACAUCGAAGCUAAGAUUUCCGCUACUGAUCUACUGAUACGCGGAGUCAAACCGAUCGUGGAUGGUGCAGAACAGGCAGUAAAAACUAGAGAGGACAAGAUUCUCAAGGAAAAUGCAAACGUACGAGAAGGAUUAGAGACGUAUGUUAACUGCCUGCGAACUGCAUACAAAUACAGAUCGGGAGAGAACGCAUUAACGAAAUCGCAAACCAUCUCUCCAACGAAAAUGACCCCAGAUUCAAGGAUACAGUGA